UGUAGUUGAGCUGUUGUGUGUUGCGUCUCUGUAUUCAUGCAGUAAAAUGGCAGAAGCCAGAUUUUCUCAGGAUGAGCUCUCAUGUCCGUUGUGUCUGGAUCUCCUGAAGGAUCCAGUGACCAUCCAGUGUGGACACAGUUACUGUAAGAGCUGUAUUACAGACUGCUGGGAUCAGGAGGAUCAGAAGAGAGUCUACAGCUGCCCUCAGUGCAGACAGACCUUCAGUCCAAGACCUGCUUUAGCUAGAAACACCAUGCUGGCUGAAAUGGUGGAGAAACUGAAGAAGACUAUACUACCCGCUGACUGUUAUGCUGGAGCUGGAGCUGGAGAUGUGCAGUGUGACGUCUGUACUGGAAGAAAAUACAAAGCCGUCAAGUCCUGUCUGGUGUGUCUGAACUCUUACUGUCAGAAUCACCUCGAACAACAUGAGAGUUGGUUUAGAGGAAAGAGACACAAAGUGACUGAUGCCACUGGACGACUGCAGGAGAUGAUCUGCCAGAAACAUGAGAAGGUCCUUGAGGUUUUCUGUCGCACUGACCAGAAAUUAGGGCUCCGGUUCUGUAAUCAGCAUAAAAACCACGACACUGUAUCAGCUGCAGCACAGAGGACAGAGAAACAGAAGCAGCUGAAGGAGACGCAGAAGACGUUCCAGCAGAGAAUCCAGCAGAGAGAGAAAGAUCUUCAGCAGCUGAGAGAGGCUGUGGAGUCUCAUAAGCGCUCUGCACAGACAGCAGUGGAGGACAGUGAGAGGGUCUUUACUGAGCUCAUCCGCUCCAUUGAGAGCAGCCGCUCUGAGCUGUUACGGCUGAUCAGAGAUCAGGAGAAGACUGCAGUGAGUCGAGCUGAAGGACGACUGGAGCGACUGGAGCAGGAGAUCAAUGAUCUGAGGAGGAGAGACGCUGAGCUGGAGCAGCUUUCACACACACAGGAUCACAUCCAGUUCCUGCAGAGUUUCCAGUCUCUCUCAGCACCUCCUGAAUCUACAGACGUAAAUGACGAUCCCUUCAGUUCUGUCUUCUCUUCUGAUGCUCUGAGAGAAUCUGUUCAUCAGCUGAGAGACAAACUGGAGGAGUUCUGCAAAAAAGAGGAGCUCAAGACGAUUUCAAACAGAGUCACAUUCACCAGGAUCAGGAACGACUUCCUACUAUAUUCCCAUCAGCUCACUCUGGAUCUGAACACAGUGAAUAAACGCCUUCGUCUGUCUGAGAACAACAGAGUGAUUACUGCCACUAGAAGAGUACAGUCGUAUCCUGAUCAUCCAGACAGAUUUGAUGUGUAUGUUCAGGUGUUGUGUAGAGAGAGUGUGUGUGGACGCUGUUACUGGGAGCAGGAGUGGAGUGGAGAUAAAGGUGUUCGUUUAUCAGUGUCAUAUAAGAGCAUCAGCAGGAAGGGAUCAAGUAAUGAGUGUUUGUUUGGACGUAGUGAUCAGUCCUGGUGUUUGUACUGCUCUCAUUCCAGAUACUCAUUUGGACACAAUAGCAUACGGACUGAUCUCCCUGUAAAGUCCAUCAGCAGUAGAAUAGGAGUGUUUGUGGAUCACAGUGCAGGAACUCUGUCCUUCUACAGCGUCUCUGACACAAUGAGCCUCAUCCACACAGUCCAGACCACAUUCACUCAGCCGCUCUAUCCUGGGUUCACUGUUUAUAGAGGAUCAUCAGUGAAACUGUGUUGAUGAAUCAAAACAGACUGACGAGAGACUCUACCCAUAAUGCUUUGAGCUGCAUGAUAAAUCAGUAACAGUAGAUGUUAUAGAGUCUCUUCUUUUCUCUUCAUGACAUUAAUACUGCAGCUGAAAUUCUUUCACUGAAAUAACAUGUCAGAAUAAAUAUUUGUAAUAAACCCUCAUAUAGACAGUAAGAUCAGUCUGUGUGUGAGUUCUGCUGAGUGACCAUGUGUUUCUGUGCUUUUCUCAAACUCUGGGUGCUUUCACACUUGGUUCGAUUGCCUGGUCUGAACCCGAGCUCGAUUGCUCUUUGGGCAGGAUAAGCGAUAUAUUGAAUAAUUUAGGUGAGUGUGUCUGCUACGCACUGAUGAUACAGGAAACUGAUCCAACACAAAAUAUAUUUCUUUAUGUACAUAAUUUUGCAGGAAAUAUUAAACAUGAACAUAUAUCUGGUAUAAGAAUCUGAAAUUGAUUCGAAUAUACAAUGAAUAAUACAAUACAAGCCUCUGUUACUAUAUUGCUCUAUAUUGUAUUGAAAUUCAAAGGUUAU